AUGGCAUCUCGUGGACAGCUAUGCGUCGGUGCGGGAAGGGAGGGAUCGAAUGUGCGGGUCAAUUUGCGAGGAGCAUCUGAAGGACCAAUCAAGACAGAUCCCCUGGAUGUUGAGGAGGCCUGGGUGGAAGUUGACAAUGUGGUAUGCGAUGAUGACGACGAAGACGAUUGUGAGGAAGUCUGUGACAAGAACGAACUGCCUCGAAAAAUAUGCGUCACUGUUCCAUGUACCCGCCCACACUACGUCAGUGUCAGCAGUGAUCUCUUACUUCACCGUCCCUGGCUGUUGUGGGCUGGUCUGGAAGUGGCCAUGAAGGAAGUUGAACUUUGGACUACAGCCCUCGAAGCUGUAGGGGCCAACCCUGGUUCCGAUGAUGUUAAAGGAGAAUCGUCAAUAGCCCCGACGGUAUUGUUGGCCCAGGACCAAGAGUCGGAGGAGCAGGAAGAGGAAAUGUCAGUGGUAAAGUUUCCUGGGAAUCUGGCACUGACCCUAGGGCAGGUACAGGGACAGGUGCAGGGGCUGGUACCGGUACGGGUUCCCCAGAAGGGACAGCUGGAACCGCCGGCAGGCCUGGUAUCCCUGGAGCUGCCGGAAUCCCUGGUAGGGCUCCUACUCCCACGACUUCUGGGACACUGGGGGCUCCUGGAAUCCCUGGUGCCCCUGGCAUGGGCACCGGUACCAGCACUGGUAACGGUGGCGGAUGGGUUCCACAGCUUGACCAGCAAGCCCAGCUCCACCUUUCACAAUACCACCAGCAGCAUUGGCUGCGCCGCCAACAAUACCUCCAGCAGCGUUCGCCGCACCGCCAACAGUAUUGCCCACCGCAUCAAAUGGGUUUGGUACGCUGAGACCACCAUGCGACACCUUCCCGCUGGGCUGAACCGGCUAACUGGCGGAACGACGGGCACAGGAUAA